AUAUUCUAGACUCAUUUUAGAAAUGUCUCUUUCUAUACAUUUACUACCAGAAUUUGGUUGGUCUGUACGUGGUCAACCUGUUUUUGGUCCUGGCUCUGUUUUUCAAGGUCAUGUUGAAUUAUCUUUAUCACAAACAUUGAUGAUGGAUCGAGUAAGACUUGUCUUUCAAGGCCAAGAAGCUCUUGUACCGUUCCAUAUCACUCCAGGUGUUCUUCGUGCCAAGCAUACGCCUUUGUUUGCUGUUCAACAAACACUUUGGGAAAGCAAGGAUGGACUUCGAUCGCUGGAUGCUGACACAUAUAAAUUCUCAUUCACAGUACAAAUGCCUCAAAUACAAUAUCCUCCUACGAUGGAUAAUGAAACAUACAAGUGUUCAUUCAAAUUGAUUGCUGUGGUGGAAGAACAAUCAUCAACGGGUCCUUCUGGAUACAAUACUCUUUUUUAUUCUGAGGAAUCAAUGCUUUAUAUGCCUUUUGUAGAAACACAAUUAUUAAAACAACCUUUGGUAUCCAAACAACAAGAUUCAGAUUUGACGUUGACAACUCGAUUGCAUGCUUUGUGCUAUGUACCAGGUGACUGCAUCCUUGGUUCUCUUACUAUCAGUUCAACAUCAUCAUCUUCAUCAUCAUCGAAAAAGCAAUUGGAUGUCUCUCUUCAAGUUUAUCAAACAAUCACACCUUUAGUAUUUGAUGAUAUACCUAGUUCUGUUAGAAUAGUGGCUUCUACCAGUAAAAAACUAUCACCUGUUUAUGUCUCCUCCAGCAAAUCAUCAUCAUCAUCAUCAUCAGUGACAUAUUCAUCUUCUUUGGAAUUGGACCUUCCUGACAAUCUCACUCCUACUUUUACAUACGGUGCUUUGUGCUCAGUAACCUAUCGACUUGUUCUGACAGUGAAACGAAAAGGACCAUUGGGUAUGUGGGCUCAAGAACUGACGAAAGAAUGGCCAUUGACAGUGGGUACUUUAGGUGCUGGUGUACGAUCCUGUUCGGAUUUACUGGUUUAUUGUGCGGAUUCAACAACUACUGAACAAUUACGUCCAAAAUUUAUGAAAGCUGUGGAAUACGAAGAUGCUUUACCUCUUUAUGAUUCUGACCGACUCCCUGAUUAUCAAGCUCAUACUGUAAUCUCGUCUGUAUUGUAGUUUAUAUCAUAUAUUAAUUUAUCAUUCUACUUUGUAGUUUUUUUUU